ACCUGUGCAUGCAUUCAACAUGAACGCAAUACCAAUCAUUGGGAUGUGAUUUUUACAAAUUAAAACGCAUACAACUUUUUAAUGAAAUUUUUAGAAUACAUUCUUUGGUAAAUUAUUCACAGGACUAAAUUCCUAAUUUUUUGUUUAGCAAAUCACAAAGUUUUGCAAGUCGUGAUUUUAAAUAUUUGACAUUUGAUGACAAGUUGUAUUAUUAGUUGUCAAAGUUGUUAUCGGUGGAGUGUUGGAUGAUGUGCUUAAUAAGUGCACAUUGCAAAUAGUUUUUACAUUAAAUGUUUCAGUUUAUAGCACUAUUGAGAAAAUUGCAGACGUAAAGUAUUAUUUACUUAGGUGGAAAAGUGCAGGUGAUGAUGACUUCAUAUAUGAAACUGUUCGAAGACUUUUUACAGCGCAAAGAAUGUGAUGGAACUCGCACAACAUCUGGUGCUUCUGAUGAUGAAGAUAUAGAGCAUAAAAACUCCUCUUUUGAAUCUGUGUGUGACACUCUUAAUUCUAUUAGUGGGAGUGGUGGUAGUAAUAAAAUGGAACACAGUUAUACGAGAGAUAACACCCGGCCAAUAGGCAGUGUUACCACUGGUUUGUUACCAGCUCGCACAAUACUGGUUCGACGUACGCCACAGUGCCCGUCCUGUCAUACCCAUCCCGAAGAGCAUGAUUUCGAAGAUUUUAAUCAGGCCAAUGUGCCUUCAUACAAUGAAAUAGCGGCCAAAGAAGCAAUGAAUGAGUGUUCUCGAAUCGCUAAAUACGUUAAAAAUAAUAAUCCAGACGAUGACGAUUGGGAAGCACGUAUUAACCAAAUUGGUUGGAGUAACAUGCAAAAGACACUUUUCAAUAAAGUAGCAAAUAUUUUGGAUAAUGAUCAAUUAGGACGACUAGCCAAUGUUAAUCGUCAAAACGAAUCUAUGCAGCGUCGUGUUGCUGUCGAUAAGUCUGCUAGUCGAAUGCGCAGAGCGUUGGCUGCUGUUGCCUGGGACUCGCGUCUCACACAAUGGUUGCAUUGUUUGUUGAUGGACUCACUUCCAUCAACAUAUAUGGCGUCUUAUUUAGAUAUUUUGCAAACAUUAAAAUCUAAAUUGCCAACACUCAUGGAUAAAAUGUUAUUCGGACGACCGCUAAAUGUUAGUCAAGAACUUCUGGCGCCGGUAAUGAAAAACAAAUGGGAGCCAAUUGUUAGUACGAAGUCCCGGAAAUUAACACAGAAUGCCGUAAUUGUUGCACUGCCUUCUGUGCCAACCAGUGGUCCAGUACCUAAUCGCCUUCAAAAAUGGUAUCAUCAAUUGGCUAGCAUAACGCAAAUUGUACAAGUAACUUUACCAUCGAAUGUUAGUCAUAUAGUUCGACAACCAUUAGAGCAAGUAGCAGAACAAAUAGUGUCAAUCACUCGAGUAAAAAUACAAGAGUUGCGAAACGAAAAUGCUCAGCGAAGCAUCAUAUUGAUUGGAUUUAACGCUGGCGCUGCCCUUGCUUUGCAAGUGGCGAUGUCGGAGAAUGUAGCAUGCGUAGUGUGUAUGGGCUUUGCUUAUAACACAUUUAACGGAAUUCGUGGUACCCCUGAUGACCGCUUAUUAGACAUAAAGAUACCAAUACUAUUUGUGGUUGGUCAAAAUUCCUCAAAAACAAGUACCGAAGAAAUGGAAUCGUUACGUGAAAAAAUGCAAUCGGAAAGUUCUUUGGUGGUGGUGGGGAGUGGAGAUGAUGUUCUACGCGUUCCUAAAAGCCGUAGGAAGUUAGAUAAUGUUACACAGUCGAUGGUAGACGCUAUGGUUGUGGACGAAAUAUAUGAAUUUAUAAAAAGAAUUCUCACUAAUCCACCUGGACCACGGGUUCCAACAACAAUAACUAGUUUCGUUAACACUAAACAAGGACGAAACUCAAUUAAUAACAACGCUGGUGGUAGUAGCGCUGAAGGUAAUGCUAAAAAUGGGUCCUUACAAAGGAAGCGUAAAAAUGAUGCUAUGAAUUCAGAUCAAGAAACGCCAGCGAAGACCAAAUAUGUUAAUUCAAUCGGCCGACCCAGAACGCGUCCCCUGAUAGCAUCCACAACUACUUCAGCUAAAACAACAUCGAGUGCAUUGGCAGGUGGUACUUCUAAAACAGCGCAGAUACAAAAACAGAAGGCACAGUUAUCAACAAAUUCUUCUAUUACGAACGAAGAUCUAAACAUGGCCAUACAGUCAAUAUUGGGUGAUGGGAAUGAACAAGAUGGUUCGAUACAGAACUCCGGUAACGACACUGCUCAAGGUGCACAGAAAAUAGUAACGAAUUAUGAAAUUGUUGCACCAUCAAAGUCUACUCCAAUAAAAACCGCAUUAAUGAAUCCUCUGCAAAAACAAACUCUUCCGGCUGGUGCAAAAAUAAAGAUGAUACCUUCUAAUCAAUUCGUGCAACUAAAGCCGCCAUUGCAAUCACAAUCGAAAAUUUAUACAAUAAAAACGGCGUCGAUGCAACAGAAUAGCACAUCUGGAAAUACAAACAUCGGCAGUAUUGUAUCAACAUCACCAACCGGCAGCUCCGUUGCAAAUCAUCAACAACAGAUAUUCACUUUGAAAUCUCCUAAUGGCCAGACGACGCAAUUUGUUACAGCUGCUCCACCUGGUACGGCUCAGCAAAAGUACACUGUCAUGAAAAAUGUAAGUGGUGGAACUACACUCCAAAUAGCAAACGCAGCUUUUAGUGGCAUAAAAGGCAGUACGCCAAAAGCUUCAUCCACCUCCAAUAUGGAUCUGUCAAACAUAAUCGAUAUGCCAAUUGUGUUUGCUGAUAACGAUGGCAAUCUGUCCGAUUCGGUGGCUUCUUCUACCGCAUCUGUCAAGUCAGCCAAUACUUCCGGUGUCGGGCAACUAAUUAUAAGUCAGAAAAUUAUUAAAGAAGCUACUUCCACUGGGUCUAGCGCUACUGGUAUUGUGACCACUUCGCCUAAGACUGGUGGCGGCACAUACAUAAUUAAUAAAACCAUUGGCAGCCCAAUCUUACAACAAACUACUCCAACUUCAGUCAAUAAGCAGAAUAAGGUAGUUUUUAUCAAUCGUAGCACCAUGAAACCGUGUCCGAAUAUCAUUUCCCGAUCGAAUGUCGCACAACAAUUGCCGAAAUACACUAAGGUUGUUGUUACGAACCCGAAGACAUCUGCAACAACACUUGUACCCCGCCCAGCAAUGCAAUUAACGACGACGCAACUGCCAGUGGGUACAGCUAGUGGCAGCAGCCCACUUGUGUCGUCUGUGAAACAAGUGAAUUUACAGACACUAAAGUCUCCAGUUAGUAUUGGUGCGCGGCAGACAUCAGGCAUACUGAAUGUUUCCACAAAGUCGCUACCACAAGUGCAAAUUAUUAGUACAACCGCUGGUGGGGCAGCCAUUUCUUCGACUGGGGGCAGUAUCACUAACACCGGAAAUCCUACAGCUACAACUAGUGGUAGUGUGUUGAACGACCGCCCGCAAAUUCGAAAUAUUGUUGUAAAACCCGGAGGAUUGAAACAAAUACCAGCUUUGACCUCGCACGUGUUUAAUCGAAAUUUAACCGUUCGUAAAAUGGUAAAUAUCAUAUCCGCCACAAAUCCAGUGAGUUCAUCCUCAUCCGCACCUGGUGUAUCCAUAGUAGCUCAGACGACCACAUCACCGGAUAGUAGUCAAAAUAAUGCCGCUGGCACAUCAUCUAUACAAACCUCACCGAAGGUUAUAACUUUAAAUCCGAUUAAUCCGUCGGUUUCCAUCAGUAGCUCUGCAUCCGGCAAUAGUAACAGUACGGCCACUAGCGCCCAACCAAAGAAGGAUUGAUUUUAUCCUCUUUAAAAGUGAACUCUGUUGUUAAUUUAAACAUUAUUUAGCUUUAAAAAUAGAUAUAUCUUUGCAUUUCAUCUCAUUCAUGUUCAAUUCGUAGUUUGACUACUUCCGCAUUCAUUUACUUAAUUAAUAAAACAUUUAAAAAUAAAUAUAUAA